AUCUGGGAAUGUUGGAACGGAAAGUACCUCGUUUUGCAGGACGGUACAUGUGACGGGAAUUUCUCGCUUUCAACUAAAGACUUCCAACGCUUUUUUGGCUCGAAUGUCCUUUCGAGGAAACAUAAUGGUGUUGAAGACACAACGGACUAGCCCGUUGUAGCCAGGUUUGAUUUGGAGCGUAUCGCCUUCGGUGGCUGUGACGUGUCCGCAUAUCCGUGGCGCCGGAGACAGUCUCAAGGAGAUAAUUUUAAUAUUCUAUACACAUCAUUCAAUUAUUUCAAGCUCCUGAACAGCUAUAUUUAAGCUUCUUAUCAUCUUGUAGUGUUUUUCUGGAAUGCAACUUCCAAUAGAGACCAUUGUUGUCCGCAUGUGUUGGUAGUGACAGAUCAGAUUUUCCUCCAAACCUUUGUUGUAGUCAGUACAAUCUGUAGCGCCGCACUCGUCAGAUUUGAUUAUUUCCUCUACUUUGCAAUGACAAUGAAUACAAUACAUAUUCGUUCAAAGCCAGUGCUCAUCAUUCUUGGAAUCUCAGCCUUCAUUAUUUUAUGGACGGCUUUUCGUGUGUUUCGUGGGUUACCUAUGGAACAACGAGUGUUACGGACGGAGAAACAACAAUUCUUACUCGAGGGAAAACCGUUUCGAAUACUGAGCGGCGCGAUUCAUUACUUCCGAGUGGUACCUGAGUAUUGGAAAGAUCGUCUGUUAAAGCUUAAAGCUAUGGGAUUAAACACAGUGGAGACGUAAGUACCGUUAACUAAUGCUUAUGUAUAAGCUUAAUUACCGAUUCUUUUAAUUAAUGGCUCAGUCAAUUCCAAGCGUGCCUAUUCCCCCCCUGCCCGGGCAGAAAGUAUCUUUUCAUUUAAACUCUUCAAACGAUACAUGAAUUGGUUUUCUUCCAUGUGGGAGCUGAUCUCAAUGAUGGGAAGCAGUUUCUUAGAUGGAUGCAAAUAGGUAUAUUUUAUAGUGAAAUGUUGAAAAAGGAAUGACCUUAACUGCUUUUGGCAAAUGCCCCACCUGCAGGCAGAGGUUUUCUGACAAUCCCCACCACCAGGACCAACAAAAUGAUAAAUGCCUGACUAAUGCACGUGGUGGGAGGGGGGGGGAGAAGGUAUGGGCACGCUUGGUAGUAUUUGAGCCUAACCUUGUUGACGUACUAGUAAUAAGUUACACUUACUAGCUGGUGGGGAUUUGUCAGAAAACCUCUGCCCGCAGGUGGGGCAUUUGUCGAUUUUUCUAGCAGCAGUUAAUAUCGUUCCUUUUUCAACAUUUCACUAUAAAAUAUACCUGUUUGCAUCCAGUUCCCAAAAAAUUAAUGGAUGCUAUGAAAGCCACAACUCACUAUGGAAAAAUUGACCAUUUCACAUUUCAUGAGAAAAAAAUACCCUUUACUACCCUCUAAAAUAGUUAAUAAGUGUAUCUUAUUAUUAGUACGUCAACAAGGUUAGACAUAAUAUUUGAGCCUAACUUUGUUGACGUAGUAAUAAUAUGUUACACUUACUAACUGUUUUAGAGGGUAGUAAAGGGUAUUUUCUCAGCCAUUCAUUUUUCUUGUGAAAUGUAAAAUGGAUAUUUUUUUCAUUGUGAGUUGUGGUUUUCAAACCACCAAUUAAUUUUUGGGAAACUGGAUUCUCAUUAUGUCAAUUGUUUUCGGGAACUGUGAAAGAACGGCAUUAUGAUCGAGAUCCCUCCUUUACCAACUCUAGUUUACCCCUGUGUGAAAGAAUCUCGUACACCCAUGGGGAAUGAACUCUCUGUAUGUGACAGAUUUUCCCAGUAAAAUUGUCAUAAGUAACUCAUUGAAAUUUCCUUGGAUACAUAAAAUAGAACUAAAGAAUUUUCUAUGACAGUUUCCGAGGUAAGCUUUAUCAGGUUUGAUAAGAAAACAAAGUGGUUCAACCAAUCACGAGAAAGGCACCAUACCAAACAGAAGGGUGUUCAUCUUGGCAUCAAAUCCUAUAUAAAACUGGACUUGACGUUUGAAAGCACAACACGAUUUCAUGAUUUUAAGUUUUAAAUUGAAUUUAAAAGCACCUUGAGACAUGAAUUCUUUCCUCAAAAUGUCAUUAGAACCAUUCUCCUAGACCUUAACUGUGACUUCUGAGCAACAAUGUACCUUUCCUUAAGCAUGAGUGAGGUCAACAUUCACAUGUAGUCUCAAAAUAAAGUGCCAAGUCACUUUAAAAACCUGAAAUAGAUUAACUCUCAAUUUCCUUUGUCUUCUAGCUUAGGCUAGGAUUAUACAGUGCAACCUCUCCUAGUCCUAACCCUAACACCUCCAUUCAAGGAACACAAAAUUUGGUCCCAGAAAAAAGUUCACAUCAUAUUUGUAUUUGUUACCUCUAUUGAAGGGAAUUUAACCAUUAUUCUGGGGAAAGGAACUGUUGUCUGGAUCCUGAAAGCCAGAUUUAUUGUCUAAUUAUGGGACACCUUAUCAAUCAAAAAGUGACUGACCACAAAAAUUGUUAAUAUAAAGUUGCAACGUUCACUAGUCAUAAUGGUGACAGCUUUCAGAACAUGAACUACCGCACUUUAAGUUGGUGUACUUCAACAUACAGCAUCACAGAGAUAAUUAAGUUGAUCGUGAUUUUUUUAUACAUUAUCUACCUGCUUGAAGCUAAGUAAUGACUGCAGCAGAUUCUGAGGCAGAAUAAAAGAAAAAUAUUUUAUUUGUUGGUUAAUUGUUAACAAACUGCAUCCAAACCUCCAUCCAGGGGACACUUGCCUUGUGCCAAGGUUGAAUGUCCCCUGAAAAGAGAUUCCACUGUAUUGAAAAAAAUGAAAAACCCAAUGCACAUUGAAUUUGAUGGGUUCUUGUCUACUUUUGCAUUUAAAUCAGCAGGCUUCCAGCGUAGACAAAAGUGGGUGAUACUUUAGACACUGAAUCAUUUGGGUGUGUUGCAAAGACCUUUCUUGACAUUUUGGGAUCAAGGAAUACUUCUGGAGGUGGAUUAAAGGUGGUUAGAACUAGUUGCAGCUUGAGGUGUUUUUGUAUGGCAACUUCAUUAUUGUUUUUGUUUCUUUCACAGUUAUGUUCCUUGGAAUUUGCAUGAAGAAGUUAAAGGACAGUUCAACUUUGAAGGGAUUUUGGAUAUAGUGUAAGGGCAUUUUAUAUAAUAAAAUGAGAUUGUUUUUAAGAAUAUGUAAAUAAUAUGAGUGAGAUGAAUUUCAAUUGCUUAAGUAUAGAACAGCACACAAAUGUUGUCAAAGUGACUAAUUUGCAAAAAACAAAAGUCAGACAAACUUAACAUCUUAUGUACAGUGGAACUUUGAUAUAACAAACUAUGUAACGAAGUCCCCAGAAAUUAUAUUGAAUAUGAAUGACUCAAUCUACACAAUUUGUUUUCUGGCACUCCAAAUGAAGUGCAUUAAAAUUGACAAGUUCUCAGCAAAACGCAAGUAGGACAAGUCCAAGAAUUUUAGGAGUCAUCUUCUUCAACCUUCUUAUAUAUUACUCUUCCAUUCGAUCGAUCUUCUGGGAACUUGUCAAAGGUAUAUUAUUUUCUCUGAAUAAUAAAAUUCACUUUUUCAGGUUUAUAAAAUCACAGCUUUUGCUCAUUCAUAAACUACAAGCAGAAUUGUGAAUGAGAGCACAACAAUUCUGCCCGGGUUAGUUGGCAAGAUCAUAAAACCACCCACUCCCAGAACAAAUCAGAUUGCAGGAUUUAGACAAUAUUCUACAUACACUCACAAACUUAGAAAAAAAUCAUAAAAACUAUUUAAAGCAUCAUUUAUCGGGUGGAGUUUUCUCAUAAAUAUAAACGUCUUUCUUGUUUUUUUAUUACUGUGUAGCCAUUUUAUUAAACUGGCUCAGUCAGUUGGGUUAUAUGUGAUUGUGCGUCCUGGACCAUACAUAUGUGCUGAGUGGGAGCUUGGAGGAUUACCAAGGUAUUAAGCUAUUAAUGAUCAAUAUUGACAGUUAUUAUUCAUCCAAAAUAUUUCUCCAUUUCUGACUGGCUAAAAUCCAUACAUAUAUCAUCAUAACCAGCUAUUGUUGACCAAAUUUGGAAUUAUUAAUUAAUUAUUAGUAGCCAAUCUUGAGUUGGUUAAUAUAAUAAACCAGGGGGUACUGCCAUACAUGGGCUAUAAUUUAUAGGUAUGUGCUGCUGUUAAGGGUAAUACUAUAUUUUCCAAGCAGUUAGUAUAAUAGGGUAUCUUUUUCCCAGGAAAAAAAAAAGGUGAUCAUUUGGUUGAAAAUUUUAGUCUAGAAUAGGGAAACUGGGAAUUAACAGUAAAAAAUAUGAAAUCAGCAAAUUUAAUUUACCUGCAACAAUUUAAUAGCAAAGAAAGCAUCUACCUCAGCAGUUUCUGGCAAAUGGUGACUCUAGGAUAGGAAGGGAUUUUAGAAGUUUAGUCGAGUAUAAUGGUAGCAAAAUUCAUCUGGACUUAAGGUCUGGUAUAGGCUAAGGGUUCCAAGGUCCUAGCCCCACAUCCCCACCCCAAAAUUUCUAAAGUACCUCCCAGAUUAAUAAAACAGUAAUGCAAUCACAAAAAGUUAUAUUUUCUGUGGAGAUGAAGUGCAGGACAUGUCUCCACUCUGUAGUUUGAUUGUCUUUCUUACACAAAUUGGAGUUUUUUCUGUAUAUCACUCUAGAUCCUUAAUUAUGCAAUAGGGGUGACAUUUUAGGAACCUCCUGUAAAAUAUUGCUGGCCAGGUUACAAAAAUCAAAAACGCUGAUAAGUUUCCUGGAAAACACUUUUUGGGAAAUAUGUUUGAAAAAAUAUUUUAACUGUCUAGAAAUUUAUUGAUUUCUACAUUGGAGAAACAAUGCGUAUAAUUUCAUCAAUCACAUUGUCUAAAGAUUGUAAUAGAUGAUCGACUAUAAUCAAUGACUGACACACCACUAGGCAUAGUGACUCACAGUCAGGGAAAAAUAAACUUUCAGAAACUUUUACGAAAAGUUGGUCAAAGAGUGUAUUUGUCAUUUUCUAUUUUGCCCCAGCCUUUUUUAACACAUCACUGACUGUUUUUUUGUCCCAACAACCUCUUUUUUUCUUUACAGUUGGUUGCUGCGUGAUUCAAAAAUGAAAUUGAGGACUUCGUAUCCUCCUUAUAUUCAUGCAGUGGAUAAAUAUUUUAAGAAACUACUUCAGAAACUUGUCCCUUUACAGGUAAUGUAGAAAAUACUUGGUAUAAUAAAAUAAUUGAAGUAAAACAAGGGAAAGGGUCUGUAACAUAUUGAUGGUGAGAACCAUAGUAAGUGUGUUAAGAAGAAGACAUAUUGGUGGCAUAUUCAUAGAUAGAAUUCUUCAAAGGACGUGUAUGUGUUUCAAACUUGAAAAUAUUUAAGCAAUAGAAAAUGUUUUCUGUAUUUUCAUUGCCUAAUAUAAACAUAAGUUAUGCAAACCCAAGACGAAGUCAAGGGUUUGCAUAACUUGAGAAUUCUCCCAGUCUUGAGUGUUUAUAUCGGGCUAUGCAGUACAGGAAAAAAGUUUUCUAUUGCUUUUAUAAAUUAACUUUUCAGUGAAAAAAUGCAAAAUUCUUUAUUAUGGCACUGAUUAAAAGAGAAAUUCUCACCAGUCGCGAAGUCUUGCUAAAAAGAGGCUUUCCAAAAUAUGGAUUUUUCUCGCUUAAAAUGUCCGCAUUAGCAAAAAAAAAUUGACACGGCAUGUUUUGUAAAGAUUUUUCAGGUUUCAGCUGAUUAGGGAAUGGGUAAAUAAGGAAAACUUGUCGAAUGUCGAAUAUCAACUCAAAAUUUUUUCAAAUUUGUGCUUGCGUGAUUAGCACACCAAAAAGCAAAACAUCUUGACAUCUCAACCAUGUUUACAUACUCUCAUGCAAACAUGACUCUUGGUCCAUCAGAGCACGUGUACUAUCUUGGUUAUAGCCAUUGGCGAGGAAGUGCAGGUGUACAUGUGGGUUUACCUUGGAGAUGUGACUGAUGAAAAAGAAAGUAGUCUCAAGUUUCUUGAAAAGGUGAAAAUUGCCUCCUUGCAAAAUGCAAGAAGGCAGGCACAGAGCCUUACUGCAGAAAAAUAUCUUUGUCAUGAUUGCAAGAUUAGAAUGCAUUCUCCUUCAUCAAAUGUAAUAUAUUGAAACCAUAAGCAUACUCCACAUUACACAGCGAGCUUCUGUCAGUAACUUCCCAACUUUCUUCACAUUUUUUUUGCAAAAGGAACCAGUGUUACCAGAGAGACCUCUGUUAAGCACUUCAUGUUGAACCUCCAUCAAGCGGCCUGACCCUCGCGAUAGUGGCAAGUGGCCACAUCAUAGGUGGUUCAACUGUAUUAGAAAUGGUCCUGUGAACUCCUGCUUCUUUGCUGUAUUUGAUUUAAUUACUGGCGUAAUUUGCCUCAUCUUUUCAGUUUUCCCAUGGUGGCCCGGUCAUUGCCUUUCAAGUGGAAAAUGAGUAUGGAAGCUUUGGUGCAGAUGAAAUUGAUGUUAAAUACAUGACACAUCUUAAAACAGUAAGAAAAUCAUUUUAUGAUCAAGAGAGUAAACGGUCAACUUGUGACCAGGCCUUGUUUUUUGGAGGGGGGGGGGGGAGGGGGGGGGGGAAGGAGCAACGGCCAAAGGGGAAAAAAGGAAUGCCUUAUACAAUUUCACUAAAUUCAAGUCACCUGCUGCCCCCACAGUGCUUUAACCUGUCAACAUGUUAUGCUGCAUCAAGCUACUGGGAAUUCAACUAGCUUGUAGAAAGGAGGGACACAUGUGAUUUUUAAUUUAAGUUAAAGGAGCUGUGUCAGCAAAUUCACCCAAAUUAGGAAAUUACAAAAUGCCCGUUAAAUUAAGAGAACCAUAAAAAUAACCACUUAAAACUUUAAAGGAAGGUUAAAGUAACAUAACAGAAACAACAGAUGCCACCGAUGGGCAAAACUGAAGUAGAUUGAAACGGAUUGAAAUUGGGAUUUUUGAAAACUGUUCAGUCUAACAGUUUUUCAAAGUUGAUCCCUGCUGCUUGCAACUUAAAAAAAAAGUUCUCAGGAGACAUUUUUGUUUGUGUCGGAUCUCUGAUUUUGUCAUUUGCACGUAAUUUCUUUGCUUACUUUAAGUUCCGUAGCGAUUGAGGGCGAGUAAUUGGCAAAAUCAAACAAAAUGAACUGGACUGCCAUGACACAGCCCCUUUAAAAGCCUUGCUAUUCUUAUGAGUCUUAACCUUUGCUUACACCAAUAAUAAACAAAGAACUCAGGACAAAAUUGGUGAAACAUCAGAAACCUUUAUCAUUCAUUUUUGUUAAUGGCAUUAAUCAAUACAACGAUCAAACGUGAUUCAUGACAAAUAAAUACCCAGCAACAAAGAGACUGUGAAUGCUGCUGUUAGUAACCAAAGAUUGCCAAUAGCUAAUAUGACUUCUUUCAAGUAAAUGACCCUUCGUAUACAUUCCUUCCACCUCUCCUUCAAGGUUUUGUUCAUAAAAUCUAGCAGAAACAAAGUUAAAGCAGCAGAAAUUCACUGUCCAAAUCUUCCUCUAUUAAGCCGCCGCUAUUAAAUACCUUUGUGCAUUGAAAUUUGCUCCAGAAGUCUAACAUGAUGUGGUCAAUCAAGUAUCAGAACAGUGCUCAAAGACUCUUUUGUUCUAAUGACCAAUCAAACAAAGUCCGAUUCUGGACUAUGGGCAGAUGAAUGGUAGUGCAAAUGUAUGAGCCAUCCUUUUCUUGCCCUUGCCACCCAAAGAAGAUCAAAGGAUUUCCUUUUAUUUUUUUGCAUGUUAGUAAUUAAACUGUGAGGUAUGAAAUGUUCGUGUCAAACCAAUUAAGAGACAUCAGUGUCUGUUGUAUAUUUGUACUGUUCUUUCAGAUAAUGAUUGAGAAUGGCAUUUCUGAACUCUUGUUUACAUCAGAUGGCAUCCGCCAUAUGGAGGCAGAUUACUUCCCCGAGUUGCCAGGAGGUAACGUUCUAUUUCUUUAGAUUCUCUUAAAUAGCAAGUAAACCGCGUGGACCAGUAUCUUUUACAGCCAAAUGCAAAAAUUCCACGAACUUCGUAACUGUACCUUAAAGAAAUGACCAGAAAUAAACUGUGCGACUUUACAUGCCUAUUUUGCCCAUGGAAAACACAGACAAUUUGGCGGAUGAUCUUCUUACGAAGCCAAACAAUACCUGAUGUGUGCUCUGUGCAUCUGUUCAUCUAGGAAUGUGCUAUGUACUUCACCAAUCUGUAGAAUGUUUACAUGAUCUCAAUUAUGUUUUCAAUAGAAGAACACUGAAAUUUAGCAUACUUUUAGUGUACUUUUGUGUUGAAAAGAUAUCAAGGUGACUGCCUCCUAAUAUACAGUGUACGUGAAGUAUUUUUGAAGUAUCCUUAAUUUCGGUUAAGGGUAAUAUAGGUUACGAAACUCUCUGUUACUCAAGAAGCACAUCAACUUAACUUAGGUUAAUCAUUCACAAAAUGUAAAGGAGUUGUAGAUCAUGAAGUUAAGAAAAAUUUAGCGGUCAAGGAAUAACUGCUCACCAAUUUUAGUGAAGUACAAAUAACCACCUAAAACUGUAAAGAACAUUAAAAUACCACCAACAGUAAAUAAUAUAAAACAGUGAUAACUCAAACUGAAUAAAAUUAAAUGGAUUGCAAUUUAUAUUGAACUGGGGUUUCUGAAGCUGGCAGCCCCAAUACGUUUUGUAGCUCUAAAUACUUGGGAUACAAAUUAUUUUGUUUCACAGUUAUGAAGCCAUUAUAUGAAUUUGUUUAGAAGUAUUUGACUAUCAUAACACACAUUAAGUUUCUUAAGAACACUCGUAUUUGGCAAACCCCAGAAAAUUAACUGAACUUCCUUGACACAGUUCCCUAUCUUAAAUGAUUGCAUGUUCUUACUCACAAAAAAAGUUACAGAAAGUGUUGUAAUGUCCUUGUUUUAUGUCAUGGAUACAUCAGUGUCUGUGGCACCUUGACCCUUCUUCCGAAGAUUCCUGUAAAAUGCCCCAAUUUCUGUUUGAUUUCAGUAUUAAAGACAGCAAACUUUCAGAGAAAUGAAACGGCUUAUCUAAACAGGCUGAAAGAGCUACAGGUAACUCCUCAGUAUCUAAUGCUUCAAAAGAAGCAUCUCUUCAAAGGUUUAAAUUUGUGAUGAUUGUGGUCUGAACAAAUAGAAGUGGUAAAUGUGGUUUCAAGGUAGUUCUUAAAGAUUUGAUGCGGAAGGUAUUGUGCUGUUACGUUGGUUGGGAAUUGAAGUGAAAUAUCAAUAUUUGGUUUUUACAACUUAGCUAUUAACCCUUGGUAUCUUUAAUCUCCCAAUUCUCUAAACCAAACCUGAGUUGAGCCUUGCUUGGUUAAAUACUGUAAAUAAAGGCUAACGAUAGUUUGAACAAAUUUGCUUUUUGAAAAAUUUGUAUUCCACUGUAACUUAAAUACCGGUAGGCUGCUAUUAACGGUAGAGAUUGAAAACUUCUUCUGCUUCUAGCCCAUUUCCUUGACUUCAGAAACGCAGGUGCUGCAAACGUCUUAUUAUUUUGAUGUGUUCAAUGACCAAGAUAACCGAUACAACAAAACACUUCAAUUUGUGAGUCGCGAGUUAAUGAACGCUUUCCAUUCAAAAAAAUUCCGGUUUGAAAUUUUGGAAAUUCCACUUGUCCAAUGGAACGGUACAUUCCGGUUGCACAGACCUGACCCAAGCCACCGCGCGUUUGUUUAUUGUAUUGGUAAGCAGGAUACAGAAGAGCAGUACUAACAGGACAACAACUGUGAAAUGGAAAGGAACAUUUCCGUCUGACCGACCGAAAUGACCAGAUCAGUCAAAGAGGACCAGUCGGACCAAACCUAAACAGUGGUCUGUUCCAUUUUAUUUCUAACCAAGAAUUGCUAAAUUUUGGGCUGAAUGGAAAGCCCCAAUGUUUCAUCACCCAUUUUACAACAGCAGCCUGAUGGGAAAUUAAAUAAUUGACACGUUACCGUGUUGUGGCUGUUUAUUUAUUUAUUUUAAUCCUCGCGACGGCGGAGCGAGUGUAUAAUUAGUUCACGAUCGCGCGUGGAUCAUAGCCGCGCGGCCUGCAAACUCAGUUUAAUAGCCGAUUUAUAUUUGUACAUUUCCAAUGGUUUGUGUAAUGACGUCAUCAUCGUCAUCAUUAUUGAAAUAUAAUAACCAUAAUCAUAAUCUUCUGCCUAGUAGCUUUCGUAACCUCUUUUGAAGUAUUAAUCAGGUUCACCAUUAUGAAACUCGACUAGCCUUUCAGUACUGACCUCAUUUUUGUAGAAAUAAUAUUAAGCAGUUCAGUAUCCUCUAUCGAGGACCAACAAUCUGGAAUUCGUCGUCAAUUUCACUAACCAGCUUUUCUUCCAUAUUUGUUUUUUGAAAAAAUCUGAAAAAUUAUCUCAUUUAUAGUCAUUCUGUCGCUUAAGUUUUGUUUUCUGUCCACUCUGCACUCAAGUAAGUUUUUAUUAAUAGGUAAGCCUAUUAAUAUAAGCUUUCAUCUUCUUUAGGCUUCCUUGUCACAUUAACUUAUAUUUUAAUUCACACCUUUUGUAACGUUUUAUUGUCAUUUUAUGUGAGUGACAACACAAAUAAAUAAAUAAAUAGUUUUACCUACAUAAUUGUUCAGUGGCAGUGUGGCGCCAUUGUCUUAAAGCUGAUUUCACGUGCAAAGUGCGGGUGCAUUGUAGGUCCCAAUUCCGGUCAAGCAACCUUUUUUUUCUUUGUUGUACUUUUUUUUUGUCUGUUUAGUUUUUGAUUUUUUGAUCGUAUUUUCCCCUUUGUCUUGUUUCCCUUUAUUCACAUUGCUGACCCUUUACAGCUGCGCGAGGUUUUUGCGAUAAGGUAUAUUGUAUUUCUAGUUAAUUAGUUGAUUUUUUGCAGCCUGAUAAACCACUGAUGGUAACUGAAUUUUGGCCAGGCUGGUUUGAUCACUGGGGAGAACAGCAUCACGAGAUGGAGGUGGAGAAAGUUGUUGAACGAGUCUCAAACAUACUGAAGCUUGGAGCCUCUAUCAACUUCUACAUGUUUCAUGGUACAGUGUGUGAUUUUAUUCAGUAGACCCUCAGAGAAGUCACGUGGCUUGAAAGUCGGCUGUGUCACAGGGGUUUUUGUUUUUUUAAAUAAAGUUCAGUUUUUAGUUAUUUAAAGAUAUACACGGUAGCACAGAGCAAGAGCAUAAGGCAAUAAAGUCUGUUGUUUAUUUGAAUGUUGGGAUGUUUUUGGUAUGAUGAUGGUGAUGAUGAUGAUGAUGAUGAUAACGAUGAUGGUGAUGAUGACGGAUGAUGAUGAUAACGAAAUGAUGUUGAUAACGAUGACAUGGUGAUAUCAGGGCUUCAAAGAAACUUGAAUUACAGCUUUUCUUUUUCACAAGCCGCUUUUACAUUUUGCUUGCUGAGGGCGAACAAGGCUAGAAGAUGACUUGCCCAUUGAGCAAGUAAGCUUAAUAUUGUUACUUUCCUAGCUGGAAAAACUGCUUGUCCCGUUUAAUAGAGUGUACGGGAAACAAAGUGAACUGUUUCACUAAGGACCAGUCAUUAAGUAAUUAAUGUUAAAUUUGAAUAAUGACUCAUUGUUUUCCAGGGGGAACAAAUUUUGGUUUCAUGAAUGGUGCAAAUGCUAUAAAAGGUGAAUUCAAGUACCAACCAACAGUCACCUCAUAUGGUAAGUCGUCUAACAAUCUAACAAUUCAACCCAUUACUUACUGUACUCUAGUCUCUCAGCCCCCUCCCCCCAAACCCCCCCCCCCUCCCCGCGUAAAGUAGCCUGGGACCAGGCUCCUUAGUGGGGUAAAGCCAAAAACGGGGUGAAACAGCAAAAAUCGGCGAGCGAAGCGAUCAGGCCCUCUACAAACUAAUGCGUAUCCGAAAACCUUUAUUUUUGUGUUAACAAAAACGCACUGCAUAUCUUGCAGUACGUUUUCGUUCUCAGGCUAUUUCCCCCAAUGUGUUUUGCUUAGUUUGCAUGCAUGGAUGGCGCUAGCACGCUUUCAUAUGUUCCUACAAUACAUUUAGCUUUCAGAGAAGAUGUUAAUAACGAAGUUGAAGAACGUUUAUCCACUGAUUGCAGCUAAAACAGCGGGAAAAUUGACAAAAUUCGAAUUGUUAACGAGGUUGAACGGUCGCUGAGAAAUUUGUCUGGGAAUCGUUUCAAAGCAAGAGUGACAAUCUACUUGUCAUUGUUUGUUUGUUUUUCCCUAACGUUUUUGCUCGUGUGUGUGUAAAGCCGGACACUGAUGUUUAGGUAGACACGGCGUCAGCAAACUCGGAAACUUUUUUUUUUCCCAUCCACGAAGAAAAAAACACUUGGAAUAUAUUAAUGUUUUAGACAGGAUAUCAGUUAACACCACUAAAUAAACCAGGAUGGUUUGAAAGUAUCUUUUAUUUUAUAUGACUAUUCUAAAUCAUUCUGUGGUUUCCUGUGUUUGCAUCAUUAUUCUAGAUUAUGAUGCUCCUCUGUCGGAAGCUGGUGAUAUGACUGCGAAGUUUAAAGCACUGAAAGAAGUCUUGAAAAAGUAUAAUGUAGAGGCCCUUUCUCCAAGUAAGAUGAAACAGCAGACUGAAAAAUUUUAAUUCCCCCUUUCAGAAAUUAUAAAAGGGAAUGGAAUACAAGCUUUUGGGGCAACGACUUCUGGGAUCGUGUUACUUACCAUUGGUUAAUGGUUGCCUUGAAUACCAUCGACCAAUCAUAACUAAGGCUGACCUAACGCUUGUCCACCAUAACGAACCCAGAAAUUACUGCAUCCAAGGCUUGUACGUUUUCUUCCUACAGUUUCUGACGUGGGGAAUACUUCUUUUCUCCAACUCUUUCUCCCAGCCUUUAUCCUUGGUACCUGUCCAUGUGACUUUGUGUUAGGUCAAUUCUUCAUUGCACUUCAGUCAUUUUUCACUGUUCAUAGAUCCCGAGUCAAUGAAGCAGUUUUUGAUAUGAAGAUAAGUUUUGAAUGUUGUUAUUCACAACGUUUAUGUUUAUGAAUUCUCGUUUUUUUCAGUUGCAGUAAGCGAUCAUGAGAGAGCAGAAUACGGUAGGGUAAUUAUAAUAUUCUUGAUAUGAUUAUUUUGCAAAUGUGUGAUAAUAUUAAAGUGUGAUGUUUUUCUUCUUGUAUGUAAUGUAUAAAACUUCAGUAAGAUAAGAUGUUUAUUUUUUCCGUCAUUUUAUUUUGCAGAAGAUGUUGAGAUGCAGCACGUUCAGGACCUUGGCGACUUGGUGCCGUUAUUUGUGAGUCUAUUUACGGUUUAAACUGUAUCGGCUAUGUUAAUUGAUGACUUAAAAACAAAUAUAAGAAGAAUCACACCUAACUUAAACUAUAACAAAUAAUAGAACUAAAUACUGGAAGAAAUUAUCUUUUUAGUAACCUACAUUAAUUUUUAAAUUAGGUGACUACUAGCCUUAAAAACCUUCAAACCCUUGAACUAUUGUUUAAGCCAUAUUCGUUUCGCAUAUGUGCUUUAUUGUUAGGGUGAUAUCUUCACUUAGGUUUAAACGACUAUGUUAGGGCACAUAGGGCCUGUUUACGUGGAGCUGGAGGAUGGUCACCCUAUCUAUCAUGUAAACCUGACCAAAUUACCGUUAAAAUGAGAUAUUACAUGGCGAGGCAGGUCACUCCACCUAAGCAAGUUACCUCACCUACCUGGGGUCCCCUACUUCCAUGUAAACAGGCGCUAAGACAUGAUUUUGUGUUUGCAUAUUGUAAGUGUGAAUUUCAUUUUGUUUUUAAAAAAUUGUCACCCUAGUCUGCUGGAAACGUUUUUCGCUUGUUUCCGCUGAUUGACAACAACCAAAUUGUUGUGUUCAAAAAGACGGAACUCUUGAUUACUUGAUUAACCUCUUACUAUGGCCUCAUGUAUCGAUAUCGCUUUACUGAUUUUACUGAGUGAAGAUUGGUUGUACUAUUUUCCAUGGAAAUUGAUUUUAUGUUCGUUUUUCAUCAUUUUAAAGGGUCCACCAGUUGAAAGCAUGAAUGUGAUGGCCAUGGAAAAGCUGCCAAUCAACAAUAAUGGCGGACAGGGCUAUGGCUUCAUUCUUUAUCAGACAACACUUAAACGCGUCCCCAAGCAAAUAACAAUCCAGCAUGUCUAUGACAGAGCACAGGUACUAAGCACUCAUGCACUACAGGGUUCUAUCUGAGAUUUAUCGUUUGGGGAAGAAGUCCUGCCUUCUGCCACGAACUUCCUAGGGGGGUCCCCGGGAAUUGUUUGAAAAGAAUAUGCGCUGAGAUGCAAUCUGGUGCAUUUUGAGACACAAUUUUGAGAAAUGUUAUAGUGGUAUUUCAUUUAAUUUUUUAGUCGUGAUCACGUUAUGACAAUGUUACAAUACUCUAUGUUCCUUGUCAUAUAGUAUCCUUAGACAGGGAAUACUUACUUCUCGUACACUGACCUCGUCGCGUCUAGAUGAUUUUUCCGAUAUAGUUACUUAUAUACCGUUAUGAUAACAAUAUUUUUGGGGGGAGAAGCUUCUACUCCUCAAAUACCCUAGAUAGGCCCGUCCCUAUAGCUUCCAUUUGAUUCGACACUGCCUUCGAGAAUGACACCUGUCUCUCUUCCACUUCGUGACAACAACUUCCUGAUCUAUUUGAAAUUAAGGCGUAGGUGGAGUGGCUCCAGAAUGAAGGUUUACUGUGUUCAAGGUCUUUGGGAGGUGGCUACGUUCAAGAAUGAAAUUGCUAAUACACAGUUAAUGGUCGAAAAUACUUUGUACCCUUGUAAAACAAUAACGCGUUUUUACACGUAAGAAUUUAUAUGAUUGCGAUCUUUUGGGAAUGAUCCGGCUCAAGAUUUAUGAUCCAAAGAUCGCAUUCUUUGGAACUAACCUUUCAAAAAUCUGCUUCAGGUGUUCCUUGAUUUCAAACUUCUUCAUACAAUUGAUGCAAUGGAUAAGGAGAAACAAUACAUUGAUGAGAAGGAACUUUGGGAAGUGGUAAUUAAAGUCGCGGAUAUGGAGGUAAGAUCUGGAGGUUAGGUCAGAUUGUGAUCGAUCCAAAACAAUUUAGAAACCUGUCAAACUGGUUAAAAACUUGUUGAAAGACCGAAGCCAAUAGAACGUGACGUCACCCUAUUUUGAUUCCAGUGAUCUAUGGCAAUUUAUCCGUGCGAUUUAGGCAGUUUUUCUCUGCUGACAGAGGUCCCUCGCGGAGAGAGAAAAAUGAUAGGAAAGGAAGAAACCUCUGCCGGCCUCCGAUGCGUUUCCUCUCACGCAUGCACUGGCCUUUCCUUAACAAUCAGUAACCUUUUAGUCACGUGCUUCACAACUUUCAGAACCUGUUUGCGUGAUGACAACCGUGGGCUCAGAAAUUUCCAGCGUAAAGUCUCAACAGGGCAUGCGCAUUCCACAUUUAACGAAACUGAUUUUGAAAACCAGUACGUUUCGACCACAAGUAUGGUCGGUGACUUAACGAAAGAGCGAGUCGGGAGACGGCAGAGGUCUCUCUCCUUCCUCCCUUUUUUCUCUUGCCAUGAGAGACCUCUGCUAGCAGGGAAAGACAGUAGCUUUUGACAUUAUCAGUGUUAAGGUAUGCCUCUUCACAUUGUGAUUCCCCCUCAAAAAGGCUUAUUUAGUGCUUUCAAGUCACUUUUUGGUGUUGAAAGGGCAAAUCUAAAUGCAGAAUAGACGUUAUUCACAAUACCCGCCUUCCUUGUAUGUGCUUAAAGACUAAUGGGAUAAGAGCGAUGUCACGUAGUUUUUCACGUGCGCAAACAAGUUUGACUUUGUGUUUUCUAGACUUAAGAAAACGAGCAUUUUUUAUCUUAGAGACAAAAAUAGCAAAUUAUGGGUGGAAGUGAUCAUAGUUACUUUUCUGCAUGCUGUAGCGACCGUAGAUGACCGCAGAGCAAGUGUUAACGACGUUAAACCUGUCGAAACUCGAAGCGUGCAAUUUGCAUGACUAAAAUCGCCGUCUCCUUUUGAGAUUUUAAAUAAACUCGCCAACGAUUACUUGUUUUGGCAAAUUUUAUCGCGUGUUUGCUCCCUGAAAUACCACGUGUCCCAUCAAUCCUAAAGCGCGUGCAAAGAUAGCGAGUAUCGUGAAUAAGGUCUAUUAAACAAAGAAAUUAGCGAGCGAAAUAAAUAAAUGCAAGAAGUUCGUAAAGAGUGAAAGAUUCCAGAGUGGUUAUUUGUCUGGUUUGUUUAUCUAUUCCUUACUCUCCGCUUUGCAUAUUCCGCAAGGGCUCACCUGUUCAGUAAACAGAUUCCACAGCACCCUACUAUGCUACUUUAGCUUGACCUUGAAUGUUUGUUAAUUCUUCUUGUAGGCCCCUUCAGAAUUACAACUUGAUAUUCUUGUUGAAAACAUGGGACGUGUCAACUUUUUACCGGAUAUCAACCGACAGCGUAAAGGUAGCCAGGAUAGUUUAGGGAAAAACAGAGCUAAUAUACUAUGACUAAGACCAAAGAUUGAUUAACAUGCACGAACUUCGUAAAUAUUUUACCUGUAAUUUGAGGGUGUACGUAUUGAGACAGCUAACAUCAAUAACAUUUACUUGCUGUCCUUUGUGACCAAGACUAGGUUUGUCCACAGUAUGCCAGCGUAAUGAGCAUAAUAGCGAGGCAAAAAGAAUCGCGCAUUAUGCUUGAGUAGUAAUAGUGCAACGAUUCUUUGACUGUUUUUGUUUUUUAAGAACUUUGCCAAAACUAUAGAAUUUCCAUAUGGGACACCAGGCCGUGGAUCACAUUUUAAGACCACGCCGGGUUACAAAUUAGCAAAAAUGUGGCUCUUAGCAGUUCCAGUGCUUGAACAUUGUCAUGAGCUGUCUCAAUCGGGCGAGGAAAAUCAUGCAAAAAGAGCAGUUUAAUGUUAAUUAUAAUGAAGCAUAUUAGUAACGCUAUUUGAGCAUAAGAGUAGUUCCAUUCAGUGCCAUUAUAUGUAAAAUUAUUGUAUUACGUGCCAUACAGGUAUACUCGGUGAUGUUUUGAUUGACGGGCAAAAACAAGGCAAUUGGAGGAUUUUUCCGAUGGACUUCAAGGAGAACUUCUUCAAGAAGUAAGUAUAAUUGAAACUGCCCUUCUUUACAGCUACAGUCGUGCAAAGGCAUACAAAGAUAUGACAUUUUGUUGUAUUUGUUGUGAAAGGACGAACGUAAACAGACAUUUGCUACCGCUUUUGUUAGGCAAAAAAGCAGUUACUGCAGAGAUUUAAAAUCGCGUUUACCGCAAACGGCAAUUUGUACCAUUUGACCAAAGAAGUUUUCCUAUUACUCGCCCUGUACUGUUCAUUUGAUCUAAACAAAGAUUAGUAUCAGUAGCUUCAUCUUCAAAUCGUUUGAUGUAGUUUUCAUCUGUUCAUUCCUAAUUUAAGAAACUGCCAAAAACUUGAAUCUGACGUUUGUCGUUUGACGUGAAAAAAUCUCUAUUUUUACAGCCCAGAGUGCGAUGCAUUAUUAUGGAUGUGCACUCGUGAAACUCCUGUCAACAAUAGCGCCUUGCCACAGGAUUCAGCAAUAAACUAAUGCUUACUUCUAUCUUGAUUGAAGGUUAAAUGAACAAGUGGAGUGGAAGAAAGUGAAGGAAGGUAGUUUACCGUCUAUUCCAUCACUUUAUCGAGGAAUAUUAGGGAUCACAGAUAAGCCAAAGGACAGUUUUCUGUACAUGAAAGGUUGGACCAAAGGCGUGGUAUUCAUUAAUGGACAUAAUUUAGGAAGGUACUGGAAUCUGGGGCCACAGGAGACGUUGUAUCUUCCUGCUCCAUGGCUACGCAAAGGAGAAAACGAGGUACGUCUAUACCAUAGUUGGUAGGAAGACCAGUUAAUCGACUGCUUGGCUUGGUAAUCCAUAUUUGCGCUAAUCUCCAAAACGGAUUGGAAGACCUUUGGGAAAGAAGCCAUGCCUUGGGACACUUAAGUAAUAGUAUUGACCGUUCUUCAGUCAUAUUUUUUUUAUUCUCGCGGGCAGACAUCACUCUUAGACCCCUUUUAUACGGAGAAUAGUUGUCCCGGGAAAGAGGGUCAACCUCCCAGCCAAGUCAAAUUUAGCGAGCGUUUAUAGAUAAAAAGUUGAGCAUUUGCCCGAGCUAAAAGCGCUCUCGCGGGCUCUGGUUGUCUCGCCUCGGCCAAGUUGACCUGGUUGAGUGAGCCAAAGUGUUUAUUUGGAAAACAGUUGGAACGACUAGUAGGGUGAACCAACAUGAAAAAAGGGUGACCCACCCCUUAUAACCGAGGCAACGUUUUGUUUCUCAUGUGAACGGUUUGCCACGUUUUAUUGGGAAGUGUAGGAAAGGUUGGCUCGCCCAGGGUAGCUCAGUUGGGAGAGUGACCCUACUACGCGGGACAAGUCGGGGCCUAAGAGAGACGGCCGUUUUUCCCUGCAUUUUGAUUUUGGUUGAAACGAAAGUUGCAUUGAAUUACUUACAGGUUCGUUUUAAGAGAGGAAGCUGUCUUGGUUUACAGGGCUCGUAAUAACGGCCGGUCGAAGGACAAUGUCCUACCUGAAUGGCGACUUGACCGGCUGAAAACCGUUGACCAGUCACGCGCACUCUCAUUCUUGAACAAACAGCUAAAUCCUCACCCAUGAAUUUUAGAUUUUGUCUCUAGUAAAAAAAAAUUCACGAGAAAAGGAUAAGUUAAUACGUUGAUAAGUUUUGACCGGUCAGAAAAGAGUCUUUACCGAGCAAUGCCAAAAAUUUCUUGGGCCAGUUGUCGUGUCCGGCCAGCUUCCUAAAAUAAUUUUCCCCGAGACCUGGUUUACCUAGUCUGCUACACACCCGUUGCGUGACGACACUAAAAACGGCUGUGUAGCAGACUUUGGUUUACCGCGAGACAACACAUAAUGUCAUACCAAGCUUGGGAGUGGAAGUGUUUAAAUGAAUCUCGUUAUUCUCUUUUCCAGCUGUUAAUCUUUGAACUAGAAAAGUGUGAAGCUCCAGAUGUGUCGUUUCUCAAGGAGCCAAAGAUCAUCGGAGAACCUGUUUAUAGAUGGUAGAACCUUAUCUCUUACAAAUUAGACAAAGCAUUCAACAAACUUGGNGGAAGCUGUCUUGGUUUACAGGGCUCGUAAUAACGGCCGGUCGAAGGACAAUGUCCUACCUGAAUGGCGACUUGACCGGCUGAAAACCGUUGACCAGUCACGCGCACUCUCAUUCUUGAACAAACAGCUAAAUCCUCACCCAUGAAUUUUAGAUUUUGUCUCUAGUAAAAAAAAAUUCACGAGAAAAGGAUAAGUUAAUACGUUGAUAAGUUUUGACCGGUCAGAAAAGAGUCUUUACCGAGCAAUGCCAAAAAUUUCUUGGGCCAGUUGUCGUGUCCGGCCAGCUUCCUAAAAUAAUUUUCCCCGAGACCUGGUUUACCUAGUCUGCUACACACCCGUUGCGUGACGACACUAAAAACGGCUGUGUAGCAGACUUUGGUUUACCGCGAGACAACACAUAAUGUCAUACCAAGCUUGGGAGUGGAAGUGUUUAAAUGAAUCUCGUUAUUCUCUUUUCCAGCUGUUAAUCUUUGAACUAGAAAAGUGUGAAGCUCCAGAUGUGUCGUUUCUCAAGGAGCCAAAGAUCAUCGGAGAACCUGUUUAUAGAUGGUAGAACCUUAUCUCUUACAAAUUAGACAAAGCAUUCAACAAACUUGGCUAAAUUUUCUCUCCGGACCUGAAGACAUUGGAAAUAAGUGUUUGCUUAUUCUAAAUUCUCUCGUCCCAUUUUUGCACUUAGCCCAAGAAUGGUCGGAUGCGUGUCUUAUCGAGAGGCUCUCAAAUUGGGAAAGUCUGGCAUUCUUCCCAAAUUAAAAGAGCUGUCAAUUCCUAUCGAACCGUUAAACGACUUUUUUGGCUUCUAAAGGGACAAAUUUGUCUUUGAAUCCUUGUUUUUAAUAGCUUGUGUGGAGAAACUUUUCUUGUUUGUUGUUUUUUACUAAUAACACUGUGGUGUGUAUGGUCAGUUUGUACUUCAUUAAAUGGUUUCAUCCGCGUCGGGCUGACUAACAAGUCGGUAUUACUAAACUGCGGGCCAGUAAUGGUUCUGACACCUUAGUCAUUCAAUGUGUUAUAAAGGAGCAUAUUUAGAGUAAGCCUAGGCUGCACUUUAGUCACUCGUACCACAUUAACGUCUGGCCCUCCUUGACACCCAAGGCCAGUCAUAAUUUGAAACAAGAGAAACAUGUUAGGCUGUUUUAGUAACAGAACGGGAACGUCAUUUGACGACGGAAAAGCGCGCAGAAAGGACUUAACUCGACUUCCGGUGCCCAAUUUACCGCUCUGACAUUGAUCAAUACCGCGGCAAAACAUCUACGCAUGCGCCACAUUGAGCAUUUCUGGUCUCUUUUUCAGUCACACUUUCCAGUCAGAUCAAAAUCUCCCGCGCGCGCUCGGCUUCAUUUGUGUAAUUCCAUUGAUCAAGCCAGUUAUUUGAUUUACGCAUGAAGUCGUCAACUAACGUUCUCGUUCUGUUGCUAAAUCAGCCUGUUAUGGCCGCCUGUUAUAACGCUCGAGCAGAUGAAAUUGGCUUGGGAAAUACAUAGGAGCGUGGAUGGUUCACAAACUCGUGUAGAUACUGUCAUGAUAGUAUUGAGCCUGACAUGGCAUAAAACCUUUUCGUUUUAUCUUCUCCCCGCAGGGGGCUUUUCAACAUAAUUACACUGCAAACAAACUUUAUGUGCGCUGGACUGUAAGUCAGUACAAGAUCCGGGUGCUCAGCGCCUGGGCUCAGCAUCCAGUGCUUUGCGUAAUAUAUAGCUAGAUAUACUUUUCAAUUAUUUCUUGUCCGCGUGAUUAGAAUCAACAGAACUGUGUUUGUGGUGGUAGUAGAAGAUAGUAAUAAACAAUGUCACACUUG